UUCAAUGUCACAGCACACGAGUUUAGCAGUAGGGUCGUGGAACAAUUUGCGUUAAUUAUAAUUUUGUUUCUGGGGAUAAUUUAUGACAUUAAUCGUGGUCCAAAGUUGAAUGUUUGCACUUCGGUUCUGCUGAGUGAGUAGGUUGAAUAUAUGUUUUGUAUUAGUGCAAACAUUAUUUAUUUAAAGCAUGGAUAAAUACUAAAUUUAGUAGACUGUUGUGGUAGCAUGUGAUUAUUACAGUUGCUGAAUACAUUUGAUUUUACAGAACCCUGCGUAUUUCUGUACAAAGCUUUCUAGUUAAGUAAUAUAAUACUUAAACAAUAUUAGCUUUCGACCAAAUACCAAGUAACCAUUUAUUGAGGAACAUUUAUUCAAAAUAAUUGUAUAUGGUUGAUGCAUUGGAUCAUAAUUAAAAUGAGUCUUUAUCGCCACUGCUUAAUAAAAAGCAUGAACUGCAUGGUAUCAAGAAGUGAUUUCUCCAGACUGCUCCACAGGAAGAGUGCACUGCGCUGCAGAACUUUCUCCUCGCUGGUUUCCAGUCGGACCAGUUUCGAUUUAGGCCGUUCACCUGCGCGAGAGAGUCAACCCAAUAAAGACUAUUAUUACAUCACCACUCCAAUCUUCUAUGUUAACGCAGCUCCUCACAUGGGGCACUUGUACUCUGCCGUCAUAGCGGAUUGCCUGCACCGGUACAAGCAGAUGCGUGGCUUCACCUCAAAGUUUUCCACAGGAACAGAUGAGCAUGGUUUAAAAAUCCAGCAAGCUGCAGAUGCCGCUGGGAAAUAUCCCCUGAAUUUCUGUACAGAAGUAUCUGAGAAGUUUAAAUCUCUGUUCCAAAGCUCUCAGAUCUCCUAUACCGACUACAUCAGGACCACAGGAGAGCAGCAUCGCAGGGCAGUGGAGCACUUCUGGACGGUCUUGUAUGACAAAGACUUUAUUUACAAAGGGGAGUAUGAGGGCUGGUAUUCCACCCCAGACGAGAGUUUCCUGACAGAAUCCCAGGUCGCUGACUCUAAGGACAAAAAUGGGAAACAUAUUAAGGUUUCUCUGGAAAGCGGUCACCAGGUAGAGUGGAUGAAGGAGGAGAACUACAUGUUCCGCCUGUCAGAAUUCAGACCUGCACUGCUCCAGUGGCUCAGAGAGAACCCCAGAGCUGUGCGCCCCACAAAGUUCUACAACAUCGCCCUCCAGUGGCUGCAGGAAGAUCUGCCUGAUCUUUCAGUGUCCCGCCAAAGAGACCGCCUGAAGUGGGGUAUCCCAGUCCCAGGUGACCCUGGGCAGACAAUAUACGUGUGGCUGGAUGCUUUAGUCAACUACCUCACUGUGGCAGGCUACCCUGAUGGGCACUGUCAGUGGUGGCCGGCAGCCCGUCACGUGGUAGGCAAAGACAUCCUCAAGUUCCACGCAAUAUACUGGCCAGCUUUCCUCAUGGCUGCCGGUGUGCCUCUCCCUCAGGCUAUUUAUGUACAUUCUCACUGGACAGUCAGUGGGCAGAAGAUGUCAAAAAGUCUGGGGAAUGUGGUGGAUCCCUUAGAGAGGUCCCAACAGUAUACAGUAGAUGGGCUUAGGUAUUUCCUUCUAAGGCAGGGAGUCCUGGACACAGACUGCGACUAUUAUGAUGACAAGGUAAUCAAACUUCUCAACUCUGAGCUGGCAGACUCCUUGGGGGGUCUUCUGAACCGUUGCACCGCUCCAAGCAUUAACCAUGAGCAGGUAUACCCCUCUUUCUGUGGUCUUUGCUUCCCGAAGGAAAAUGUGCGGGGUUCCCCUGAAGGAAGAGCAGCUCCUGAGGACUACAGGUUGGUGGAGUCAGUCUCUCGGCUGUCGGCGGAGUUUGAACGCCACUUUGAAAACCUCCAGAUCUACAAGGCCUUGGAAACUGUCAGCCACUGUGUCCGACAGACCAACGGUUUCUUUCAAAGGCACGCACCCUGGAAGCUUGAUAGGAACAACCCCCAGGAACGGCGCUGGCUGGAUACCAUCCUUCACGUUGCUAUGGAGUGCCUGCGGGUUUAUGGCACCCUCUUGCAGCCGGUGGUGCCCAUGACGGCGGACGUGCUCCUCUCCCGGCUUUCGGUGGAGCCCAGCAGAAGGGGCUGGGAGGACCUGAACUUCCUGAACAGGUACCAGGGAGAGAACUGUCCUUUCGAAGGACGGACUUUGGGUUCUGACACUGGCAUCCUAUUUAGCAGACUAGACAGGACGGAGAAAGCUGAAUGCAAACCAAAGAAAUCAAAGAAAGUGAAAUGAACCAUUUAUAUACAUAAAUGUUUUUAUUUUGAAUUGUACCUUUGUAAUAUGAACACUUUUUAUGUGCCAGUACCAUAUUAAAAUAUUUUUUGGGGAAAUGGAGUGGUUAUAAAUAAACAUGCAGUGUGGAAAUCUGUGUGCUUUAACUGCUGUUCCUCCUGUGCUGUUCUCUUCUCAGCAAUUCCAGAAGGUCAUGGUUUUGUGACAUGCCUGAAUGUUACAGUAUGUGGACGUACACCAACCAUCAAAUGCCAUCUGCCUGCCCCUCUGAGCAUGAUGUGUGCUUGUUUAUGUAUUUGAGUGUGUGUAAAUGAAAGGAAAUAAACCACUUUGGAAGUUUAGGUAUGUGAGAAAUAAGACCCCCAUUGCAUAGCUGUUUAAUCCUAUCUAGGUUUUACUAUGAGCUUAAACGAGUAACUUGCGAAAGCCUCAACAACGUACGCAACAUUUUAAUCCCUUGAAAAGAUUCCCUAGGCCUGUUCUUUGUCUGAUUUACACAGUUUUGAUUUCACUUAAUGUAACAGUAAAGAUACUUUCUCAAGACAUC